AAUGAUAUACGGGGUACGAUUGUCAUUCUACAGUUUCCGUCCAAUAAAAGGCGUUUUCAAUUCGUUUCAAACAAAAUUCCAAAAAAUUGUUGUUAGCUGUUACCUCCUCCCCAAGCUUUCGAGAUAUAUAUGGCGUUUAACAUGGAUUCUAAUCUACAGAGUAGUAUUUGAAAAUGAGGUCUUAUUUUUUUAAUGUUGUUCCUCAUAGCGUUUGUAUUAUUAAUUUUGUAAACAAUAGCUAUUACUAUUAAUUUGGCGUUUUUAUUAAUAUGUGUUUAGGAUUACUGUAUUUUCUGUACAAUUUCAUAUUCAACUAAUGACGUUUUCAUUAUUAAUCUCAAUUGUCGUUUGGGAUCUAAUAUAUGUUAAUUUAUUUCUACGAUCAUUAUUAAUCUAUGUUCGGUCAUGAUGUUUUCAAUCGAGUAGGUCUCCAGCUCCUCGUUGUUCCAUACAACACUCACUAAGUCGGUGUUUUCAUCACAACGCCAAGAUUAAAUGACUGGAUUCAUAAUAGGAUUUGCAGGGUACGGUCCGAAUUUUCUUGUUAAUUUUCUUAUAGCCGUCUGUGUUUUCUCACAGAGGUUAUCAAGAGGAAUGACAAGUGCUAGGAUCCCCCUUUGACAUUUUGCUAAGGAAACUCACCGUUCAAAGGUUCAUUAUACAUUAUAGUAAAACUCUUGACCACGUAUGACAUUUAUUGUCACGAACAAGACUUCAACCAGCAACUUCUCUAGAGAAAGUCACUAGAAUACUGCUACACCUCCGCCCAUUAACAACUUUGCGUAUUUUAAAAACACAAUAAGAAGUUCCUCAUGCACCAAAAAUCCAAAAUGACAUAAAAACAUUUUACAUUUACAAAAUCUUCCCUCCAUUCCUCAAAUGCUCUCUAAAAUCACACCCCUUUUAAUCUCACAACCCAUGAAGCACAACCACCUAUACACAACACACAUCAUCUCUUCACUCUUACACCAAUGCACCAACACAACUCACAUACACCAAACACAUGCCUUCAUGUUAACUCGAGCUCUCGAUCAAGACAAUCUUCAUCUCUCCCGCUUCAUCGAAGCAUGCUCCAACACUAACCUUAUAAACCAUGCACUUUCCGUCUUUUCCCACAAAUCUUUCAAGAACAUACACCUUUACAACACCAUGAUCAAGACCCUUUUGACCCAUUCACGUGUUAAAGAUGCAAUCUUUGUGUAUAAAGAAGCUAGAUUGGUUGGAUUGAGCCCUGAUUGUUAUACGAUUCCGGUUUUGUUAAAGGGUGUGGUUCGGGCGGGUGAUCGGGGUUUGAUUAUGGGAAGAAUGGUUCAUUGUGAAGCGAUUUGUUAUGGGUUUCGGUGGAAUGUUUAUGUAAGAGUGGAGUUGGUGAGGAUGUAUGUGAAUUGUGGGUGUGUUUAUGAUGCACGUAAGGUGUUCGAUGAAAUGUUUGUGAGAGAUGUCGUGGUUUGGAACGCGAUGGUUUCUGGGUAUUGUAAGGUUGGUGAGGUGGAGCGAGCUCGCGCGUUGUUUGAUGUUAUGCCUGAGCGAAAUGUGGUUUCUUGGACGGCUUUGAUCGCGGGUUAUGCUCAAGCGAAUCGACCGUCUGAAGCCGUUGAUGUUUUUAGUAGAAUGGAAAUGGAUGGUGUGAUCCCCGAUGAGGUUACGAUGGUGGCUGUGUUAUCGGCUUGUGCGCAGUUGGGUGCGUUAGAGCUCGGUGAACGAAUUCAUUCGUACAUAAAUAAGUAUAGAUUACACAAAAGUGUAUCUCUGUAUAACACACUUAUUGACAUGUAUGCAAAAUCAGGGAACAUUAAGAAAGCGGUUGAGGUUUUCGAAACCAUGGAAGAUAGAUGCGUUAUAACAUGGACAACUGUCAUCGCCGGAUUAGCGUUACACGGGUUGGGAAAACAAGCUCUUGAUAUGUUUACACGAAUGGAAAAGGCGUGUGUGAAACCAAACGAUGUAACGCUUAUUGCGGUCCUGUCUGCUUGUAGUCACAGUGGGUUGGUUGAACCGGGGCGUUGGUAUUUCUAUAACUUGUUUAAAAAAUACGGGAUUGAACCGAGAAUCGAACAUUACGGUUGCAUGAUUGACCUGUUAGGUCGAGCGGGAUGCUUAUUAGAGGCGCAAGAGUUACUAAACCGAAUGCCUUUUGAGCCAAAUGCAGCGAUUUGGGGUUCGCUUCUUGCAGCAUCUAGACUUUAUGGAAACGUCGAACUUGGUCAACUAGCGGUUCAACAUUUGGUCAAACUCGAGCCGAACAACAGUGGGAACUUUUUGCUUCUUUCGAAUAUGUAUGCUUCUGGGGGGCAUUGGAACGAGUCUAGAUUAACGAGGAAAGUGAUGAGGGAUAGUGGUGUGAAGAAGAUUUCGGGUUCGAGUUGUGUUGAGUUAAAUAGUAGAGUUCAUGAGUUUGUUUCUGGUGAUAGUUCACAUCCUCAAUUUGAGAGGAUAUAUGAAGUUUUGUCCAUGUUAAAUAGACAAAUGGAGGUGAUAAACAUUAAUAUCUAAA